AUGGGACGAAGGCGCACAUCAGUGAUGAUGUUCGCACUGAUCAUGCUCUUCAUUGGCACAUAUAGAUUUUUCCUCCCGAGUGAAACUGUUGUGUAUCAAAUGGAGGUUGUGCGUAGGAAACCUGACCCCACUAACGCUCCAGCAACGCAACGGGUGAGUAUCGUGGAGGCUGUCUGUACACCUGCAUUAGAAGGAAAUAAUGGGCGUGCGCAGGUCAACGGUGUCAUAUUAUUUCUAACAGGCAAGAAGGAACGCUUAUUCUUUAAGAAAGCGCUUCCACUUCUGGAAGUGAAUUUUCUUUCCCGUUACCCUUACCCUGUGCACGUGUUUCAUGAAAAAAUGCCUCAAGACAGACAAGAGGUGAUUCGGGAUGUGUUGCUUUCAGCGCGUAAUGUGACAUUUGAGGAUGUUUCACAGUUCUGGCGUACACUACCCCACGGUGUGUCUGAGGAGCAGCUUAACGAAUGGAUGAACACACCAGAACAGCGCCGCUAUCACAAGCGUGGGUAUCGCAUUAUGUGUCGAUUUUGGGCUGGAUUGGUAUGGCAGCUGCCUUCGCUAGACUCCUAUGAGUAUUACUGGCGGCUUGAUACGGAUUCCUUUCUUACUCAAGCUGUUCCUUGUGAUGUAUUUCGGCUGAUGCAGGUAAAUCAGUGUGUCUACGGCUAUCGUCGUAUACAUAUUGAUCGUCUCAAGGUCGUGAAGGAUCUCUGGCCUACGUUUAAGAAAUGGGCCAAAACAGCCCUCUCUACUAGUGAGCUUGAGGGUGUGUCACACUUUGCUCUUAAUGGAAGUGAAAGUGAGUAUAAAGGCAUCAUCUACUACAACAAUUUUGAAUUGGGCACGAUGGCGUUAAAACGACACCCGUUGUACACAUCGAUGUUUCGUUUUUUGGAUGAGAAUGAACCUCUU